AUGAUGAACGAGAGCAUGAGAAGGAUAGUACAACUGCAGCUUGUACUGUGCUGUGCUCUGAUAACCAAUCUCCCGUCGACGGCUCGAGCUGUCUCAUCUCUGUCGCAGCCAUGGCACUCAGACGCUAAGCUGCUGCCUGCAGCCUCGUCUACCCUGGCAAGAUCAGCGGCAUCAAGGUCCGGGCCCGCUGGGCGAGCUCCAGCCCUCGGUAAACCUUUGUUGGGCCUCGGAGGUGGAGGAUGGAACGGGCGACUGUUCCUUCGAGGAGGCUCACAGGGUCUCCCUGAUGAGAUACCUCAAGCACCGGAGAGGUACCCUCCUCCACGAGGUCAGGCGGAGGCGCCGGGAGAAGAACCAGACUACCUGGACCGCGACGUUACCAUGCAGAACAAAGACAUCAACUUGAACACUAGGGUCGAGGCACCAGCGUACCAGGGCGAAGACAGAAACCUGCCUCCUCCUGCUGGGGGGGUGCGAAGCUCGCGCAUGCAGAUUUAUCCUAGGCGGGAAAGAGCGAUCUCCGGUGACCUUGUGUUGAUGGUUGUGUUGUGGUGUUUGCUGAAACGAUGCAUGAAGAAUUGUUGUCUUGCGGACUCUUCAAAGAGGUUCACGGACAGUGAAUGCUGCCAGGGCGACAUUGAUGACGAGUGCUUGUGCCGACUGAAAGAAGGAAACCCCUACACUGUCGUCGGAGUGAUUGAGAAAUUCCUGCGGAUUGCGCCUGAACAAGUGCGAGGCAAUCCCUCGGCGUACCUGAUGCGAAUGAUGCGGAAUCGGGAGGUGAGGAGGGCGGAGAGAUUUGCUCGUCGGGGUACAGAAGGACACUGGAACGGAAGGCCGAGGUCUAUGUAUGCCCCCCAAGAGCCUCCCCCCCCGUACGCCAACGGGCCGCACCCGGCGAUCCGGAAGGAGCCCCGACCUUAUCCUCCCUACCACUCGCACAGGCAGAGAGGGAAAGGUGGCCAGAGCCGUCUCGAUACGGACGUUCCUCAAAUUUCGACGCUCCCGGAUGCCGGCCCGCCGAUGCGCCCCUACCCGUACCGCCCGUAUGAAGGAGCUGCGGAGGAGAGGAUGGAGGACGGGAGUCGCUUCCCCGGGCCAGCGGCGGGAAGGUCGCGAGGAGCCCCAAGGAGCUAUCGGGUUGUCGGGCAGGGGGAGGAGGAGACGUGGACUAAUAACUUCCCUCUUGUCAGGAGUGGGUGUCCCCCCGGAACCCUCGGAUGUGACAGGAGAGGAUGA